CUCAGAGUGGCCACGCCCCUCUGAUUGGCUUUGUGGAGGCGGGACUUCCUGUCGUCCCGGCCCUCUAUCCGGAAGGUCUGAUCCUCGGUAUCACCGGCUGCUGAGCGAGCGGUAUUUCCUCCAACGCGAGAAGAUGGCUGAUCCUUGGCAGGAAUGCAUGGAUUACGCAGUAACACUAGCAAGACAAGCUGGAGAGGUGAUACGUGAAGCUCUAAAAAAAGAAAUGAAUGUUAUGAUUAAAAGUUCUCCAGCUGAUUUGGUGACUGCUACAGACCAGAAAGUUGAAAAAAUGCUUAUCUCUUCCAUAAAGGAGAAGUAUCCAUCUCACAGCUUCAUUGGUGAGGAAUCUGUGGCAGCUGGGGAAAAAAGUAUCUUAACUGACAACCCCACAUGGAUCAUUGACCCUAUUGAUGGAACAACUAACUUUGUACACAGAUUUCCUUUUGUAGCUGUUUCGAUUGGCUUUGUUGUAAAUAAAAAGAUGGAAUUUGGAGUUGUGUACAGUUGUGUGGAAGAUAAGAUGUACACUGGCAGAAAAGGAAAAGGUGCCUUUUGUAAUGGCCAAAAACUACAGGUUUCAAAGCAAGAUGAUAUUACCAAAGCACUCUUGGUAACCGAGUUGGGAUCUUCCAGAACACCAGAGACUGUAAAAGUCAUUCUUUCUAAUAUGGAAAAGCUUUUUGCUCUUCCCAUUCAUGGAAUCCGGAGUGUUGGAACAGCAGCUGUUAACAUGUGCCUUGUGGCAACUGGAGGAGCGGAUGCGUACUAUGAAAUGGGAAUUCACUGCUGGGAUAUGGCAGGAGCUGGCAUUAUUGUUACUGAAGCUGGUGGAAUACUAAUGGAUGUGACAGGUGGACCAUUUGAUUUGAUGUCACGAAGAAUAAUUGCUGCAAAUAAUAAAGCAUUAGCAGAAAGGAUAGCCAAAGAAAUUCAAAUAAUACCUUUACAAAGAGAUGAUGAAGAGUAAUUACAGCAGCCUCAUUACUCAGUUAUUCCCAGAUUUACUGCAGCUCUGAUGGGUAUCUGUUUCAAAUAUAUGAGAAGAUUGACUUAACUUGUCUUUGAUGUUCUGAUUUUAAAAUGGGAAGUUUUACUACAGGCUGUAUGCAAAAAUAGAUAUAAUAUUUGUUUUGUGGCUUUAAAAUGUUUUGUGUUUAAGAAUAUACUUUGGGAAAAACAUACCAGAAGUAUAGUUUGUGAGCUAUGCAUUGAAAUACUCAAUGAAUAUUUCUAUUUAUAUUCAGAAGCACUCAAUUAGAAAGUGAUUUUUUGUUUUUGAAAAAAAUGUUCUCUGUGUUCCAAAAGUUAUAUUUAAUUAAAUUUAUAAUGACAUAAUAGUGUUUUUUAGAUAAUGGUUUUGUUUCUUAGCAGAAAACGUUGUAUCUGUCAAGUAUUAGGCACCACCAAAAAUGGACAUUUUAAGAAUGAAUAUUUUUAGCCAAUACUUCCUAUUUAUAAUAAACACAUAAAGUAAUGAACUCACUAAUCCGUAUUUUUGCCUUUUUUUUUUUUUUUUUUUUUUUGUAGUACUAGGGAUUCAACCUAGGGCCUUUUUACUAAUCACCACUCCUUUUUAAAUUUUUAUUUUGAGAUAGUCUUGCUAAGAAGCCUAGACUGGCUCAAAUUUGUAAUCUUCCUGUCUCAGCCUCCCAGAGUACUUGUCUUUUUUAAGUUCAUGCUACAUUUCCUGUUACCAUACCAUUUCACAUGACCGUAUUGCCAUAUAGUGUUGCUUAUUGCGAACAUUUUCUCAGUAAUGUUUUCCAUUGCACAUGUUAUGGUAUAAGUUUGGAUUGCCUUCAGGUAUUCUGUGUAAGAGAAAAAACUUCUCAAAAAGCACUGCUGUGAGGUUUCUGAUAUAGUUAGAUACCACAUAACAGUUUCUUAAUUCUGAGUGUUUGUUUGUUUUUGAGAUAGUUUCUGUUUCCCAGACUAAGCUCAAACUCAAAAUCCUCUCUUCAGCUUCCUAAGUAGCUGGAGGUAAAGUUUGCACCAUCACAUCUGGCUUUCUGAAGUUGAUGCUUACGUUGUAUUGAUGUUUACACUGAUGUGGUUAUGCUGACAAAUACUUGUGUUGUUAUAUUGAACUCAAUUUCAUUGCUGCUAUGUUUAUAUAUUGUUUAAUUAACUUUAACCUGUCAAAUUCAGAAAGAAAGUUACAUAGCUUCAUAGCCAUUUUAAAAGGUUAACAUUGUUUUAGCCUUGUCUCUUGGCAUGUGAAUAAAUGGCUAAGUUUUAUUGUAGCUGCACAUGAGGCUUGUAUUUGAUAAAAUGAAAAGUGCUUAUAUAAAGACACAAAGAUUUGAGUACUAAUGAUGGCAAUUACGUUGUUAAUCACAUGCACUUAAAACAUUUCAUAUUGUGUAAUUCUAAGGCAGGUUGUUUUUGCAAUUAAAUAUAUUUUAAUUAAAAAAGCUAUCAUGGAUAACAUUUUAAAUAAAAGUAUAAUUGAUAUUUGUAUUAUUAAAGUUUAUAGUUGAAACUGCUUUUAAGAAUUUUAUGUUGAACUUUAAAUAUUUGAAACUUGGAGUUGUCAAUACAUAUUGUUGUUGUUUACCUGUAGUUUUUACAACUUUUCUAAGGACUUAAAAACUUUUUCCCCUAUACGUAGCUUUUACAUUCUUUUCUAAGUGAAACUAGAUCUUUCGUGGCUGAGUCUUCAUUAUAAACUAUAUUGAAAAAGGAUGACAAGUAAAAUUCCCAGCAAUAUAUUAUUAAAAUGUUAUUCUGUCCCCUGCCAGGUCCUUUUCAGGUUCUGUUUUCCAGGUGUUUUUCUUGGAUUCUUUCGCUUUUGACUGUCUGAUGUUCCUUUGUUUUGAAAAUAUAUUAAAGUUUUUAAGAUAAGGUGAAA